AGAGACUGAUGACCACGCUUUAAUUUUGAAAGACCGGAGCUGAGCAAAAGCGUUUCCUGUCGGGUUUGUUGUUUCCGGUGUGGAUGCAGCUGUUGGAGGUCCCAGCAUCAAAAUGACCAAGCUGCAGCUGCUGAACGCUUACCUGACGGAGCGGCUGACGGUGGUGGUGAAGGAGAUCCUGGACGUGGUGGAGGACACGGUGGCCGAGUACCGGGAGGAGACUGCCAGAGCCAAGCGGGAGAACGAGAGCCUGCGGAGGCAGCUGCGGGACAUCCUGCUCCUGGAGGCCGGGACCGAGUGGCUGAAGUCCACCAGGUCCAGUCUUGGUUUGGUGGCUCCCGACCAGCCUGGUGAGCCCGAGUGGAGGCCUCGCUCCGAAGAGCCGGACUCUCGCCCGAACCCACCCAGACCGCCGCCGCCGAAUGUGGACAAGCCCACCCAUGAGCAGGUGGUGUCUGUGCAGCUGCUGGCGGUCCACAGCGACUCCUCUCCGGGGCCGGUGCACCUGCCUGUGGAGAAGAAGCUCUUGGAGCUGCGGGACGUGGCACCAAAGCCUGACCGUCUACAGGAAGCGUUUGGGAAAACUUCACCUGUCACCUCGCACUCCUCCCUAAACCCUCCCACUGUCUCCGUCCCCAAAAUUCACAUUGAAGUUCCUGCAGUGCUCAGGGAGGAGCCCCGGGCUCCGCCCCCCGUGCUCAUCAAAGCCGAACCAGAGGAGUACAGCGUGAGCAAGCCCAAAGGUCGCACGGACUCUCUGACCGAGGCCGCAAACGGUGCCGCCGAAGAGUUCUGGAGCAGGGCGGAGGCAGAGAGGACGGUGGUGGUGGUGCGCGCUGAGAGGCAGGAAGCUGAGCGGAGCAGGAAGUCCUCCCAGGAGAAGCCGGCAGCCGGAGACAGCACAGCCUCCGCUUUCAUCCCCGAACUUGUCCAUCGCUGCCCGCGUUGCGGUGAGGCCUUCGGACAGGCCGCCAGCCUCCGCCUCCACCUGGAGCAGAAGAGGAAGACCUACGCCUGCGACUGGUGCUGCAAGUCGUUUGCGCAGUCGGCGGACCUGCGGCGUCACCUGCGCACGCACACAGGGGAGCGGCCGCACCGCUGCACCUUCUGCUCCAAGAGCUUCAGCCAGAGAGGAAACCUGCGGCGUCACCUGCGCAUCCACACGGGCGAGCGGCCGUACAGCUGCCCGUUCUGCUGCCGCACCUUCAGCGACGGCGACACCAUGAAGAAGCACAAGCGCACGCACUCGGGAGAGAAACCAUACCGCUGCGCGCAGUGCGCCAAGACCUUCACCAGCGCCAGCGGCCUGCAGAUUCACAUGAAGAAGGACAUGUGCUUUGUGGCUAACGCCUGAUUGGGCGCUUCGGGAAUGGACGCCGUUAAGAUAGAGCGGAAUGACCGGGCAGAAAUGCUCAGACACAGCAGCCAAUCAGAGUCAUCGAAUGAAAGCUGGAUGUAUGACCGAUGACGUCACUUUGCAGGGAUGCACCGGUCUGAUGUUUCAGGCAGCUGAAGCCGUUUCAGGUGUUCUGUGUUUACUCUCCUUAGCAGCUGGCGCAGCAGAGAGCACGCUAAAGUUGCCCACCCCUGCCUUAUCAGCCAGUUUCAUAACCUGAAACAGUUCCUGUCGUGUAACAACGGGCCGUGUUUUAGAUUUUACCUUCGGCUUUUAUUCAGAUUAUGUUCUGGCAUCAUGAAGCUCACUCAGACACUUUAGGACUUUCCAGAACUUUAAGUAAAUGUAUUUAAAGCGUCGGCAGCGAUGAGCCGUCUUCGUGCUCGAUCAGUUUCUGGGACAAAUCCUGGCUGAUGGAGAUUUUUCCCGGAUCGUCACAGUUUGUGGGCUUCUGCUUUUUAAACACUGACCACAGAUCCCGGAUCGGAGCGACUGGCGAUUGGAAGAAUCCGGUCUUUAAAAAAUAAAAGCUCGAAAAGCACAAACCGUAGAAUUAGACGUGAAGCCUGCAGCGAGUGUUUCAGCUGCUGUAGGCGACGCUCGCUCUCUGCCUCCCGGCGAGGAACACCUGAAGCCAGUUUUUCGUGGGUGAAGCAUCGGAUCGGUGCGUCCCUGCUGCUGUCAGCAGAUUUACGGAUUCAUGUGAACAACAGAAAACUGGUGAAGCUGUCGGUCAGAUAGCGGCUGACCAAUCAGAGCAGAGGAUGUGACUGAGCUGCAGCUGUGAGUCUGUAGGUGUGAUCAGAGCGAGCUGCAGCAGGAACUGAAAGUGAGACGCCGCGGGCCGACGUGUGAAGACGUGGGCGAGCGACGGGAAACUGCAGAGGAUGAAGAGCACGCUCCUCCUCGUCCUCCCGUCUUUGACACGGUUUCUCUCUAACGGGACUUGGCGGCGUUUGAAGGCAGCUACGUGGACAUCGUUAUUUAUCUAUUUAUUUUCCUCGCGGGUCACUUCCUGCGUGGCGCUUUGUUUCUUCUGUCUCCAUCACAAAUAUACCCGUCUGUUAUCACAACUGUCUGCUUACUUUGCACCACGAGGCGCUUCCUGAAACACCUCACUGAGCUGCCAGUUCGUUACCUCUACCUUAAGCUGCCCUCCCCGACCAGCGUUAUCAGGGCUCACCUCCGACACUGUGCCAGCAUGGAAGCAGCUUAAGAGUCCUGAAGGGAUAUGAAAGGAAAAUAGUCUUUAAACUCACGAAUGAGGCUGUUUGUGGACAGGAAGUUGACAGGUAAAGAGGUCGUGGUGUGUGCUCGGGUGGUUAAAGGGUUAAAUGUGGCUGUUAAUAAACGAGGUAAAAAGACACACGUGGACCCUGACUCUGAAAACUAAGUUUUAUUUUGACUCAGUGAGGCUAAAAAAGUCAAAACAAAAAAACCUGAUGAGGUGACAGGUAUCAGGACGGUGUGCAGAGCACAGAUAUGCCACCAGAGGGCAGUAUAUGCUGAUGGGCUGGUAACCAUGCUGUUUAGUGAAAUAAGACAGUAUAACAGCUGAGCAUAGAGCCGUGACAUCACACUGCGAGUGAAGUGUUUUCUCCAUCUCAGUGUUUUGGAAGUGGGCGGGUCUGUCUGUGAUUGACAGGUCUCCGCCCCUGGUUUAUUAUUCAGACAGUUCACUGAGCUCAGAUCAGCUGACCUCAUUUUCUCAGGUCAAGUCUCUCAAAUCAGCGAUCCUGGUGAAACUCCUGAGACCCACCUGAGCUCUUUAAAUGUAUGUAAAAGUAUAAAAACUGCCUCCACCUGUGAGACUCUGUUAAACUAUCAGAUCUGACAGAUGUCAGGACGCAGCUUUUAACUCUGAGAGGAAAGUAACUGAGUUCAUGACAAAUGCCAUGUAAGUGUAAGUGAAUUUUUAUCUGAAUUAUGCUGAAGCUGCCUAAUAAUGAUCAGUGCUAGCACCUGCAGAGUACACUCACCUGUCCACCGUGUUUACCUGCAGCUCACAGGAACCAGGUGGAGUUCAUGUCUGCACCAGGUCGGCCAUCACAUCGUACAGUCUAUUUAUUAAGGUUUCAGUGUUUCUGCAGAAACUGCCGUCAGAGCGUCGGCUCAUCAGCGCGGCGUACAGAGGCUGAGAAGUCCUAAAGUCCCGCCUCUCAGGAGACCGUCGUGCCAACUCGCUGUCGAGGCCUAACCUGCGCUGAAGACAGUCGCGUUCAAGACCAGGCAUCAACAAAAUCACCUACUGACCAAUCAGAUCACUCAGAGUACAGGUGUAAAAAGCUGUUUUGUUGGUCCAAAAGCAUCAAUAACAUCAACGCAGCAUCUGUUUGUCGACGUCAUGUUAACCUGUGAGGUGAGCAGAUCUGUGUCGGUUCACUGAGCUGAGAAACUUGGAGCCAUCUGUUUGAUACUGGCUCCUCCUGCUCAGAGGAAGAGCUUCCCAGAACUAGAACUUGCUCUUCCUGGUUCCUGAUGUUGAACAAAAAAUUGAAACCUUUCUGAGUUUGUUGUGACCCUUUCAGAGUUGAAGCUGCUUCCUGCAGCAUCGAUACAGACGCCACGUUAAACACAGUCCAGGUGUCUUGCUGUGCUUACCUGAUGAGAGCUCUGCUGCAUUCAAGGCCCGUGGUAUAUCUUCAGCCCUGUGUCAGAUACAGAUGAGGUGUUCACUGUAAAUUGGACGUUUUGUUACUUUGAGUUUAGAAUUUUAAUUUAAACAACAAGUUUGUCUUCCAGCAAUGUAAUUGAGAUAAAUUAUUGAUAUAUUGUUGUCAUAUUCUCUGUUCAGCACUUCUCUGUCCUGUGGCAGCUCUCGUUCGGUUCACAUUGAUUCAUUUCUUUUAGUUUUGUCGGCUGAAUUAUGAGUAAAGUUCAUAAAUACACAAGUUUCCAGAUUCUUUGAUAAACAUGAGUUUUGCUGUAACAAAGCAGCCCUGCUUCAGCAGCUGAUGUGAGUCAGAAAGGUAAAUCACAAUAACAUUUAUAUAAAAAUAUGAGCUUGUAAAAGCCAGUAUUAAGCUUGGA